AUGAUGAAGAGGAUGCUGGCUUUGCACAAGGCCGCAGCGAAAGAGAGAGAGGGGUGCCCGGACUUCAUUGAUCUUGUUUUGGCUAGCGAGCUCCGUGACGAUGAUGGUGAGAAGUUGUCUGACGUGAACAUCAGGGCCCUUCGCCAACGACCUUUGGGUCUAUUGAAUAUGUUCACAGCGGGAACCGACACUUCAACAAUCAUUGUUGAAUGGGCACUUGCUGAGUUGAUCAAGAAUUCUAUCAUUAUGAAACGAUUACAGUCAGAGAUGGAUGCUAUUAUUGGACAAGAACGCAUUUUAGAAGAGGAUGAUAUAUCAAAUCUUCCCUAUCUCCAAGCUGUUUGCAAAGAAGCAUUACGUUUGCAUGCAUCCACACCACUUAGCACCCACACUACUCCUAUAGAGCCUCUCAUGUAUCUCUUAGGUAUACUUGUGCAUGGAUUUAACUGGAAAAUGCCAAAAGUGGAGGAGAUUGAUUUGAAAGAGACACCAGGGUUGGUCAUACCAAAAGCAGUGCCUAUUAAGGCCUUUGUUACACCUCGUCUUGCAUCUAUGGCUUAUUUCUGA